AUGUCGCAGCAGGAGCCCGUUGCUACUUUCAAGCUCGUCCUUUGCGGUGACGGUGGUACCACCACCUUCGUCAAGCGUCACCUUUCCGGCGAGUUCGAGAAGAAGUACAUUGCCACCCUUGGUGUCGAGGUCCACCCCCUGAAGUUCCACACCACCGUUGGUGAGAUUCUCUUCAACGUCUGGGACACCGCUGGCCAGGAGAAGUUUGGCGGUCUCCGUGACGGUUACUACAUCCAGGGACAGUGCGGUAUCAUCAUGUUCGACGUUACCUCGCGUAUCACCUACAAGAACGUCCCCAACUGGCACCGUGACCUCGAGCGUGUCUGUGAGAACAUCCCCAUCGUUCUCUGCGGUAACAAGGUGGAUGUUAAGGAGCGCAAGGUCAAGACUGGCAACGUCACCUUCCACCGCAAGAAGAACCUCCAGUACUUCGAGAUCUCGGCCAAGUCCAACUACAACUUCGAGAAGCCCUUCCUCUGGCUCGCCCGCAAGCUCACCGGCAACCAGCAGCUCGAGCUUGUCGCCGCCCCCGCCCUGAUGCCCGCCGAGGUCCAGGUUGACUCCAACCUCAUGUCCCGGUACGAGCAGGAGCUCCAGGCCGCCGCUGCCGCCCCCCUUCCCGACGAGGACGACGCCGACCUCUAG